AUGGCUCCUGAAAUCUUAAAAGGAAAUUAUAAUCAGUUUGCUAGUGAUAUUUGAAGUUUAGGAGUUAUUUUAUACAUUCUUGUCCAAGGAAAACUUCCAUUUAAAGGGAAAAAUGUGGCGGACCUAAAGAAUGAAUAUAAAAAAGAAAUUGCCUUUGAAGGAAGUGACUGAGACUUUACCUCAGAUGAACUGAAAGAUUUGCUUAGUAAAAUGCUUGAAUACGAUUAUAAGAAAAGAAUUACAGCCGCAGAUGCAUUGAAUCAUCCAUGGAUCAGAAAUAAUGAAUUUUCAUCUUUAACCCCAAACAUCAAUAAUGCAGUAUAA